GGGGAAGGCUGGGCCAGCCGGCGGGCAGACGACGAUGCCGAACUUCUGCGCGGCCCCCAACUGCACGCGCAAGAGCUCGCAGUCGGACCUGGCCUUUUACAGGUUCCCGCGGGAUCCAGCCAGAUGUCAGAAGUGGGUGGAGAAUUGUAGGAGAGCAGACUUAGAAGAUAGAACACCUGAUCAACUAAAUAAACACUAUCGAUUGUGUGCCAAACACUUUGAGACGUCUAUGAGCUGUAGAACUAGCCCUUACAGGACAGUUCUUCGAGAUGAUGCAAUACCAACAAUAUUUGAUCUUACCAGCCAUUUGAAUAAUCCACACAGUAGACCCAGAAAACGAAUAAAAGAAUUGAGUGAAGAUGAAAUCAGGCCACUGAAACAGAAAAAAAUUGAUGAAACUUCUGAACAGGAACGAAAACAUAGAAAUAACAGCAAUGCUCAGAACCCCAGUGCACAAGAAGGGGGUGAAGAGCAGGGUGAAGACAUUUUACCUUUAACCCUUGAAGAGAAGGAAAACAAAGAAUACUUAAAAUCUUUAUUUGAAAUUUUGAUUCUUACAGGAAAACAGAACACACCUCUGGAUGGACAUGAAGCUGAUGAAAUCCCAGAAGGUCUCUUUACUCCUGAUCACUUUCAAGCCCUGCUGGAGUGCUGGAUCAAUUCUGGUGAAGAGGUUCUGAGAAGGCGCUUUGAGACAACAGCAGUUAACACAUUGUUCUGUUCGAAAACACAGCAGAAACCGAUGCUAGAGAUCUGUGAGAGCUGCAUCCGGGAAGAAACCCUCAGGGAGGUGAGAGACUCUCACUUCUUUUCCAUCGUCACUGACGAUGCGGUGGACAUAGCAGGGGAAGAGCACCUGCCUGUGUUGGUGAGGUUUGGUCACAACCUGAGAGAGGAAUCUGUGGGCUUCCUGCCUUAUGAAGCUGAUGCAGAAAUUCUGGCUGUGAAAUUUCACACUACGAUAACUGAGACGUGGGGAUUCAACAUGGGGUACUGUUGUGGCCAGGCUUACACUGUGUCCAGUGGAUUUUCUUCCAAAAUGAAAGUUGUUGCUUCUAGACUUUUAGAGAAAUAUCCCCAAGCUAUGUACAUACUCUGCUCUUCCUGUGCCUUAAAUAUGUGGUUGGCAAAAUCAGUGCCUGUUAUGGGAGUAUCUGUCACGUUAGGAACAAUUGAGGAAGUUUGUUCUUUUUCCCAUCGAUCACCACAACUGCUUUUAGAGCUUGACGAUGUAAUUUCUGUCCUAUUUCAGAACAACGAAGAAAGGGGCAAAGAACUGAAGGAAAUUUGCCAUUCUCAGUGGACAGGCAGGCAUGAUGCUUUUGAAAUCUUAGUGGACCUCCUACAAGCACUUGUUUUAUGUUUAGAUGGUAUAAAUAGUGACACAAAUGUUAGAUGGAAUAACUGUAUAGCUGGCCGAGCAUUUUUACCCUGUAGUGUAGUAACAGAUUCUGAUUUCAUCGUUACCAUUGUUGUUCUUAAAAAUGUUCUAUCUUUUACAAGGGCCUUUGGGAAAAAUCUUCAGGGGCAAACUUCUGAUGUCUUCUUUGCAGCCAGUAGUGUGACUGCAGUGCUACAUUCACUAAAUGAAGUGAUGGAAAAUAUCGAAGUUUAUCAUGAAUUUUGGUUUGAGGAAGCCACAAAUUUGGCAGCCAAACUUGAUAUUCAGAUGAAACUCCCAGGGAAAUUUCGCAGAGCUCAGCACAGUAACCUGGAAUCUCAGCUAACCUCUGAGAGUUACUAUAAAGAAACUCUAAGUGUUCCAACAGUGGAACACAUUAUUCAGGAACUGAAAGAUAUCUUCUCAGAACAACACCUCAAAGCUCUUAAAUGCUUACCUCUGGUACCCUCUGUCAUGGGACAGCUUAAAUUCAAUACAUCAGAGGAGCAUCAUGCUGACAUGUACAGAAGUGAUUUACCUAAUCCUGACACACUCUCUGCUGAGUUGCAUUGUUGGAGAAUCAGGUGGAAACGGAAAGAUAUAGAACUUCCAUCCACUAUUUAUGAAGCCCUUCAUCUGCCAGACAUCAAGUUUUUUCCUAAUGUUUAUGCAUUGCUGAAGGUCCUAUGUAUUCUUCCUGUGAUGAAGUUUGAGAAUGAACGCUAUGAAAAUGGGAGAAAGCGUCUCAAAGCAUACCUGAGGAACACUUUGACAGACCAAAGGUCAAGUAACUUGACUUUGCUUAACAUAAAUUUUGAUAUAAAACACGAUUUGGAUUUAACGGUGGGUACAUAUAUCAAACUCUACACAAGUAAGUCAGAGCUUCCUACAGAUAAUUCAGAAACCAUUGAAAAUACCUAAGAGACUUUUAAAAUAGGCUUUCUCUUAUAUUUGAUAUUUGAAAAAAUCUGUAAGAAAUUUGAAAAUAUCUUACAGAAAAGUUGUAAGGUGUACGUAGGCCACUUAAUCACUGAAUACCUUGACCUGUAGGCCUCCCAUUGAGUACAUUAGUCAUUGAUAAUCUUCCUGUUUAAAUGGCCCGUUUGAAGUCCCAUGCUUUGGAGACCUAACUGUUCUUCCAGAAGAUAGCAUUGAAAGUACCAUGCUACACUCUGUGUGAUCUCUGCUAAUGGUACUUUGAAAUUGUAUUAGUUAAGUCAUUU